AUGGACCUGCGGGUGUCCCCCAGGUCGGUGCACUCUGAUCGGGGAGUGAGUGUGCUGCCUCUCCCUGCCCCAUCUCUGCGACUGGGACACUUUACCCCUCAUUGCCCCCGCCCCCAAACACACCUUAAGUUAAACUCAGACAUGGACGCCACCGCAGACGAGCUAAAGCGCCGACACAGGAGCGAGCAGAGUUUCGACGUGAAGAAGAUCCUGAGGGAGCACAUCAUGAGCCGACAUGAGAGAGUGCCCCCUGUGGCCAACGCAGGCUUCAGAGCUCCAGUGUCCGAGGGCCUCUCCCCUCUGACCUGUACUGACCACAAGAGGGCGCUGCACAGAACAGUGUCGGAGCCGACUUUGAAGUGGAAGCUGAAGAAAAUGACGGGAGCUCGGCCCAACCCUCUGCAGAGGAAGAGCAGUGCGCCUCCUGCUGUCCGACUUCAGAGCGACACAGACUCUCCUUACAGCAGCGCUCCAGUGUCUGAGAGCAGCUCCUGUGAAAGCCUCCUGACAGACAGCGCCACCUCUGUCACACAAGAGGCUGGACCCCCCUCUCUCCCUCACUUCUGCCCCGUGUUGGGGCCUCUGGACCUGGGCACAGGUCUGGGUCAGCGUCUGCAGCCAGUCCUGGUCCUCGAUCAGACCACGGGCCUCGUCCAUCAGCAGUUUGUGGCCUUCCCAAACCUGAACUCAGAGCCAGUGCCUCCACAGCGCCCCCUGUCUACUCUCAGAGGCAGAGAUGGUCUUACACUGGGCUCUCAUAGACCUUUAAAGAGGACCCAGUCUGAACCCACACCGUACUCCCACUUCCCCCUGCUCCUCACACCUCUUCACCCUCCCUCCCCUCUGCUCCACCCCUCCACACUUGCCCUGCACCAAAAACACUGGACCAGGCCUGGACUGGACCGAUACAAGUCCAAUGCGCCACUCCGCAAAUCAGACCUUGGUUUUGACCCUGGCUCGAGUGUGGACUCGGUCUAUGGCUCAGAGUCCAAUGCCUCAUCCAGAGAGAGUUUGAUGGACACUCCGCCUGCCAUCAGCCAGAAGCUCCAGAGGUCCCGCACUGCCCAGGACUCUCCUCGAGUCUCUAUCCAGCUCUGGACUCACCUCCCCCUGUGCAGAACACGCUCACUCCCUGCCCCCACCCCUAUAACUCCACAUAGCACUCCACUCAGGUUUACUACAGGUUUGGCGUACGAUUCUCGGAUGCAGAGACAUGAGUGCAGGUGUGGGGACUUGAGUCGUCAUCCUGAACAUCCGGGUCGCACCGAGAGCAUCUGGACCCGGCUGAACCAGAGCGGCCUCCGGAGGCAAUGUGAGCUGGUGUCCAGCAGAAAGGCCAGUCUCACGGAGCUGCACUCAGUUCAUUCAGAAAACUAUGUGCUGCUGUACGGCCCUGACCCUCUUGACCCGGACGAGGUGGACACACGCAAACUGACCGCGAUCCAGCCCCAAAGACCCCAAAGACCCCAACGGCAGCUGCCUUGUGGAGGGACCGGAGUGGACGUGGACACAGUGUGGAGCGAGCCGCACACGUCCACUGCUGCUCGAGUGGCAGCCGGCUGCGUUACCGACCUCGCCCUGAAGGUGGCGCUGGGAGAGCUGAAGAACGGCUUCGCUGUGGUCAGACCUCCUGGACACCAUGCCACUCACUCCUCUCCUCUAGGCUUCUGUUAUUUUAACUCCGUGGCCAUCGCCACCAAACAACUUCAACAGAGACUCAACCUCAAUAAGAUCCUCAUUCUGGACUGGGACAUUCACCAUGGCAACGGGACCCAGGACGCCUUUUACAGUGACCCCCGUGUCCUAUACAUGUCUCUGCACCGCUACGACCAUGGAGCCUUCUUCCCAGGCAGCGGACACCCCAAUGAGGUGGGGGAAGGAGCGGGGGAGGGCUUUAAUGUGAACGUGGCCUGGAGUGGAGGACUGAUGCCCCCUAUGGGUGAUGCAGAGUACCUCGCUGCUUUUCGGGCUGUGGUGAUGCCGAUCGCUCAUGAGUUUGGCCCAGACCUGGUUCUUGUUUCUUGUGGGUUCGACGCCGUGGAGGGAAAUCCAGACGAGCUCGGAGGAUAUAAGGUCACGGCCAAAUGUUUUGGGUUCCUGACCCGUCAGCUCAUGUCUCUGGCCGGAGGCCGAGUGGUGCUGGUCCUGGAGGGAGGUCAUGACCUCACGGCCCUGAGUGACUCUGCACAAGAGUGUGUGAGCGCCCUGCUGGGAAGAGAGGUGGAGCCUCUGUCGCCCUGUGUCCUGGAGCAGAGGCCGUGUGCAAAUGCUGUCAGCUCUCUGCACUCAGUCCUACAGGUGCAAGGUGAAUAUUGGCGUAGCGUAUACGACUCCUCCCCCUCUCUCUCAUACUCAGAGGCUCAGAGGUCCAGACUUCGUAGAGACGUUGAUUGUGAUGCAGUCAGAGCGAUUGCCGCUCUGUCGGUGACGGCGCCGCGCUCAGACAGGAGACACGACUCAGGAGAAGAAUCCAUGUGA